AUGGCUCCAGCACUCUCAACAAUUCUAUCCGACUCGAGGGAUAUAAAAAAUUUCGUUGUAGAUGAAGGUCAUGGAGUUAAGGGUCUUUCUGAUAUAGGUCUUCAAACAUUACCUAAGCAAUAUAUUCAACCUGCUCAAGAACAGAUCUCUACCAGCACUAUACUAACUGAGGAGUCCAUUCCUGUCAUUGACAUGUCGAAUUCGAAUGAACAAAUGGUAGCAGACAUGAUAUGCAAUGCAGCAGAGAAAUGGGGCUUCUUCCAGAUUGUCAAUCAUGGGAUACCAAUGCAAGUACUGGAGAGUGUGAAGAAUGCAACUCAUAAGUUCUAUGGAUUACCAGCUGAGGAGAAAAAGAUGUAUUCGAAAGAGGAAUCGCCUACAAACAAUGUACGCUACGGGACAAGCUUUUCUCCUCAAGCAGAGAAGGCUCUGGAGUGGAAAGAUUGGCUUAGCCUCUUCUAUGUUUCUGAUGAAGAGGCUGCUGCAUUUUGGCCUUCCAUUUGCAGGGAUGAGGCACUGGAAUACAGGAAGAAGUCAGAACGUGUAAUCAAGAAACUGUUGGAGAUUUUAAUGAAAAGAUUAAACAUAACCUGUAUUGAUGAAACCAAGGAAUCUCUUCUAAUGGGUUCAACGAGGAUUAACCUUAACUACUAUCCCAAAUGUCCAAAUCCCGAUCUCACAAUUGGUGUAGGGCGCCACUCAGAUGUUUCAACACUGACCAUUCUCCUACAAGAUGAAAUUGGAGGGCUUUACGUGAGAAAACUAGACACUGAUUUUUGGAUCCAUGUCCCACCAAUCAAUGGAUCUCUCGUGAUCAACAUUGGUGAUGCACUUCAAAUUCUGAGCAAUGGUCGAUACAAGAGCAUUGAGCACCGCGUGAUUGCUAAUGGGAACAAUAACAGGGUUUCAGUGCCUAUCUUUGUGAACCCUAAACCUAGUGAUGUAAUUGGCCCUCUGGCAGAAGUUUUGCAGAAUGGGGAAAAACCAAUAUACAAACAGCUUCUGUACUCGGAGUAUGUCAAACACUUUUUCAAGAAACCCCAUGAUGGCAAGGAAACUGUUGAUUUUGCAAAAGUGCAGUAA